CAACGACGGAUAUUGUAUUUUUGCUUUCACUUAAAGUUUAGGUUUAAUGUCAUACUUGUCCAUUAGACCUUUACAGAGAUGUGUGUACAUCACGAGACCUUUACAGAGACGUUUUUACAUCACGAGACCUUUACAGAGAUGUGUGUACAUCACGAGACCUUUACAGAGAGGUGUGUACAUCACGAGACCUUUACAGAGACGUAUGUACACCACGAGACCUUUACAGAGACGUGUGUGUACAUCACGAGACCUUUACAGAGACGUGUGUACAUCACGAGACCUUUACAGAGACGUGUGUACAUCACGAGACCUUUACAGAGAGACGUGUGUACAUCACGAGACCUUUACAGAGACGUGUGUACACCACGAGAACUUAACAGAGACGUGUGUACACCACGAGAUCUUUACAGAGACGUGUGUACAUCACGAGACCUUUACAGAGAUGUGUCUACAUGACGAAACCUUUACAGAGAGAUGUGUAUAUCACGAGACCUUAACAGAGACAUGUGUACAUCACGAGAUCGUUACAGAGACGUGUGUACACCACGGGACCUUUACAGAGACGUGUGUACAUCACGGGACCUUUACAGAGACGUGUGUACAUCACGUGACCUUUACAGAGACGUGUGUACAUCACGAAACCUUUACAGAGACGUGUGUACAUCACGAGACCUUUACAGAGAGGUGUGUACAUCACGAGACCUUCACAGAGACGUGUAUACACCACGAGACCUUUUCAGAGAGGUGUGUACACCACGAGACCUUUUCAGAGAGGUGUGUACACCACGAGACCUUUACAGAGAGAUGUGUUUAUCACGAGACCUUAGCAGAGACGUGUGUACAUCACGAGACCUUUACAGAGACGUGUGUUCGUGUGUAUAUGUAUAUGAUGAUUCCUCGUAUCAUUUUUGGAAUUAAUGUUUUAUUGUCCCUUUACGAAUAUUAAAUGUUGAAAUAUAUUUAGCUCUGUACUGCUAUAAAGAAUACAUACGUAACGCAACGUCUUUAUUUGGUAAUAUUAUGUCUUUAUUAAGUAAUAGCAUAUCUGUAUUUGGUGAUAGCGUGUCUGCAUUUGGUCAUAGCAUGUCUGUAUUUUGUGAUAGCAUGUCUUUAUUUGAUAAUAGCAUAUCUGUAUUUGGUCAUAGCAUGUCUGUAUUUGGUAACACCAUGUCUUUAUUUGGUCAUAGCAUGUCUGUAUUUGGUGAUAGCAUGUCUUUAUUUGGUAAUAGCAUAUCUGUAUUUGGUAACACCAUGUCUGUAUUUGGUAACACCAUGUCUUUAUUUGGUAAUAGCAUAUCUGUAUUUGGUGAUAGGCUAAGCAUGUCUUUAUUUGGUAAUAGCAUGUCUGUAUUUAGCUCUGGCAAUAUGUACAUAUAUGUAAGAAAGAAAAAAGGAGUAAACCCCGGCAUCUAACAAGCUGUUGGGCAUUCCGCGUGAACGGAGUAGUUGAUGGGAAUGAUCCCAUGUGAAUGAGAGGAGUUCGGUCCCAAUAUAGUAACAUAGUAGUUGUAGGCUUAAAGCCUGAGUACCUCCACCACUUUUGACAUUUUCAUUCUGUCUUUUAUCUGUUGCAAGACAAGGGCGACUGAGUAACAAGCAAUACCACGACAUCCCAGUUUUACAUAAUGUACACGUGUACAUGGCUAUGCAAGCUACGAAAUGAUCUAUCGUUACGGCUCAGUAGUUAUUUCAACCGAGAUGUCACGUUUUAAAAAACGUGUUUGUAAAUGAGGUAUAUAGCUAUAGGGCGAAAACUAUAUAAGGGUAUGGGGCGAGCGUAGGAUGCAAGAACAGACGUGCUAGUAUUUACUUAGAUCGAGACAUCACAAAGAUAUCCAAAAUGGCCGCCAAUCGAGGACACAGCAGUUACCGUAUCCUGUUAAUCCUGCUGACAUGCCUGGCAUUGGGAGUGACGCUUUUUUUCAACUAUCUGGGGUCAGGUGACGCUGGUAAAUCUCUUGGUAUCUACGAGAGUAACACCGGGGACGUGUCUGAUUACUUCUAUCUGGAGAUAACCCCUGCUGGCUGGACAUUCACGAUAUGGGCGUUCAUCUACGCUUGGCAGAUCAUUUGGCUUAUAUACGGACUUUCUACCAUCUGUCCGGAAGUCAGAGAGUGGUAUUUACAUAUAUCAACUUCCGGUUAUGCCUCCUGCAAUAUAUAUUGUUUACAUUCUCAACUUGGGUUCAACGUUGGCUGGAUGGUAUUAUUUGACCGGAAGUACAUAAACAUUUCUCUGCCGGACGCUGCCCUCAUGGCCUUGACCUUGUAUAUAAUCCUGAUUAUUUCCUGUCGAGCUGUGCACAACAACAUAAGUAGCUUGAUCAAGGAUGGGGCGGGAAAGGAAGCAUGGUUUAUACGAUUUUUUCUCCAGAAUGGUAUUGCAUUUUAUGCUACGUGGGUUACCGUUGCUACCCAUCUUAACGUCGCCAUGGUGAUGCACUACAGCGGAGGAGUAGCCAAUGACAUAUCUUGUACCACAGCACUCGGACUGUUGAUAUUUUUCGUGAUUUUGUGGUUCCUGACCGAGACCAUCCUCCUAGACGUAUACACCAGAUAUGUGUUCAGUCCCCUACAUCGUCCUCGUCAUAGCUCUGUCAGGGUCGCUGGCGAAAAACUUUGACCUUGACCUUCGUUAUCGAAACUCUAUUCUCUCGCUCAUAAUUUUAGGCAUGUCUGGAUUUUUCUUGCUUUUGAAAGUUAUCAUCAUCCUUGUCCGUCACUUUCGCGUGCCAUCGUCUCCUACUAGCUAUUCCCCAACAACUUCAGAAAAGUCACUCAAGUUGGAGGCAUGAAAGUAUUCCAAAACCUGUCCUCUAUCUCAAAAGUCUCCGCUCUUAACUACAGCGGAAGAUAUAUUUUACGAUAUAUCUCGAAAUGACUUUGCUACCCAUGAGAAAUUUGCUUCAUCUCGUUGACGAAAUUAUGGAGUAUGUACAUCAUGUAAGGCCAAUAUUGAAGUUGGAACAAUGGGAAUAAUACAUGUAAUAUAUUCUAUAGUGUUGCUUACGGACAAUGUAUUACUCUAGAUAUUAUAGAAAGCAUGUCACCCAUGUAGUAUUUCUAAUGUCUACGCACUGAUAUCACACUUGAAUUGGGAAUAACGAGACAAUAAUGCGUUGUUGUAAUAACAAAUUAGCUGUGUCAGAUUACGGACUUGGUAUUUCGUUGUAAUUGGAUUGAUUUCAAACCUUCGAUGGCUUCCGCGAAAUUGUCUGCAGUGAGCUUGGUUGGCUUCAAACACCAUAUACCGAGUUAUCGAAUAGUCAACUAAUCAAGGUAGAAUAUAACAUGAGUCUUCUUGCUACCAGGGAUUGACAAACAAAUUGUUACCCGGGGAUUGACAAACAAAUUUGUUAACCGAGGAUUGACAAACAAAUUUGUUACCCGGGGAUUGACAAACAAAUUUGUUACCCGAGGAUUGACAAACAAAUUUGUUACCCGGGGAUUGACAAACAAAUUUGUUACCCGAGGAUUGACAAACAAAUUUGUUACCCGAGGAUUGACAAACAAAUUUGUUACCCGAGGAAUUGACACACGAAUUUGUUACCCGAGGAUUGACAAACAAUGUUACCCGGGGAUUGACACACGAAUUUGUUACCCGAGGAUUGACACACGAAUUUGUUACCCGGGAAUUGACACACGAAUUUGUUACCCGAGGAUUGACAAACAAUGUUACCCGGGGAUUGACACACGAAUUUGUUAUCCGAGGAUUGACACACGAAUUUGUUACCCGGCGAUUGACACACGAAUUUGUUACCCGAGGAUUGACACACGAAUUUGUUACCCGAGGAUUAGCAUAAGGAUUUGACAUUUUUUUGGUCAGGUCAUUUGUGCAAGUACUGUAGUUGAUAAUAAAAAUAAAUCGGACGAUACCAUUUUUUUUUUAUUAUUAUAUCGGUAUUCUUUGUUGUAUUUUAAAACUUAGAUGUCAAUAACAGGAAAUAUAUCAUUUUACUACUGUAUUAAUUUUGUACGAGCUUUUACAAUAAAGUCGAUGCGAUAUGAAGUC